AUGAGUGGGAUCAAAGCGACGUACAAGUUCCACGGCGAAAUAGUGCAUUCGUUCGAGAGCUUUCCCAGCGCUGCUGAAGCCUCCAAUGAGUAUGCACAGCGUAGUGAAGACCAACGAAAUCACUCGUUUUCGGGCAUGAUGGAUGGAGGCAGGCCUAUGCCUGAACUCAAGUCAACUGGCCCCUACGCUGCCCUUGUCACCGCCAUUAAGCGAGCUAAGGAGGACAGUGAAGAACUUCUUAAAGACCGCGUUGAAGGACCUGCGCCAGUCAAAUUCUGCAGUUGA